AUCUGCCGGUAUUUGGUGCUUCGGUAAAAACGGAUCCUUCCUUCCUACUCUGUUUCACGCUGUGAACAGCUGAAUAGCAGUUUUUCCUCUGUCAAAGAACCGUCAAAGAAGCCAUAAGCACUAGGCAUCAUGAUUAAAGAAGAAAAGCAGAGGGUGACUGAGGAGGAGGAGCAGCAGGUCCAGUCAAAGAAGGCUCUGAAAAAACAGCAGAAGGAAGCAGAGAAAGCUGCAAAGAAGGCUGAGAAACAGGCCAAACUAGCAGCUGAGGAACAAAGCACAAACGAAGAUGACUUUGCUAAGGACCGAUAUGGUGUGUCUGCUAUGGUUCAGUCCCAACAAAAAUCAGACAGGGUGUUGGUGCACAUCUGCGACCUGACUCCUGAGAAAGCGGACCAGAUGAUCUGGCUGCGUGCCAGAGUGCACACAAGCAGAGCCAAAGGGAAGCAGUGUUUCUUGGUCCUGCGUCAACAGCAGUUCAGCGUGCAGGCACUGGUCGCGGUGGGAGACUGUGCCAGCAAACAGAUGGUCAAGUUUGCUGCAAACAUCACCAAGGAAAGCAUCAUCGAUGUGGAGCGUCUGUGAGGAAAGUGGAGCAGAAGAUUGAGAGCUGCUCACAGCAGGACGUUGAGCUCCAUGUUGAGAGGAUAUUUGUAAUGAGCCCAGCAGAGCCUCGUCUGCCUCUGCAGUUGGAGGAUGCUGUCAGGCCCGAAGGGGAGGGCGAAGAGG